AUGCUCUCGCUAUCAGGCGAACGCGAGCAUAGGCAGAGGCACGACCCACCGUCACCUGCUUUCCCAUCGGCCGAUCCAUGUCACGACGAGCUCGAGCUCCCUACGUAUGCCACGUUCUUCAUGUCCGACACACUUGGGGGUCUAGAUAUGUGUCUUCCACGUAUGCCCUCGUCAAUACCAGCUACAGGUGCAGGUACCGGAGAACAGACAAUUACCAUGGCGACGGCGUUCGAGUCGCUCCCUUACACCUUCACCUCGGACCCGCCAAACGAGAACGGAUUCGAAGCGGGCGAAGAAUACCAAGAUUGGUUACAGGCAAUAUGCGACAGUGGGCAUGAGAGUGAGGAUAGGUGCGGGUAUACUGACAAGCAGCCCGGCAAUCACACCGUCGAGCACGCCAGCCAGUCAUACAGCGGGCGUUGCGGCAAGCACACUGGCGAGCACAUUAUUAGUCCACCUGCCCGCAUUGUCGAAUGCGGUAGCCAAAGUCCGCUACCAGAAUUGGCCGACGACGAGAGUGAUGUCGGGUUCCAGCCAGCGUCUCCCAAUGGGGAAGAGAAGUCUAUCCAGGGGGAUGCCGGGACUCAAGAAGUCAUCGACCUUACAGGUGCUUUGACAGAGGCGGAGACCAAAGAGCUCGCGAAUACUCGGGCCGAAAACAUGAAGGUAUGCAUCAACGAUAUAAGGUAUUACGCAGCGCACCAGUCCGCCACCGACCCAACCAACACAUACUUAAGCAGUGUAUUGAGCGUUGUUUUUACACAGUACGCCGCGUCCAACGCCAGGUUCCCCUUGCCUCUAAUGCCACUUCCCCAUCUACAAGUCCCCCUUUAUUGGGUAAGCAUACAAGAGUUGAGCACCACCGGCGAGUGGGUGGAUGGUAACAUCAUCGACUGGAUUGUUACCAGCUUCCCUCACAACGAUCAGACAUCGUCGAGCACAGCCUUCAUCCCGACGCACAAUCCAAUCUACGCCGCCAUGCUUGCUGGGCGGCGCGACGCGUCGGACGAAGCACUAUCCGCUAUAGCACGAGGGUACCGGAUUCCUGGCACAACCGAAUCGACCAAUCGCAUCAUAUGGGCCUGGAAUCCAAGUGGAUCACACUGGGUACUAGUGGACGCGAAAGUGGUAGAUGGUCAGGGCCGAGUGUGCAUAUACGACACUGCCGACAUGGUCAAAUGCAACAGUCCACAAUUUCGAGACGAAAUCCAACGGUUUCUUGGAGCCGUCGGCACUGCCAGUCCUGAUGGGUCACCGCUAUGUACUGUCGACUGGGCACUCGUUGAUGUGCAUAAAGUGCCGACCAUGAGGCAGGUCAACGCCGAUUGCGGCGUUUUUACUGCCUGGUUCGCACGACUGAUACUCCGUGGUAUCUCACCGCCAGCCACUAUGACACGUAGCAAAGCGACGGCACUCGGAAGAUCGUUGCGCACUGCAUUCGUAGAAGAGAUCCAUGUGGCGUUGACAAACGGACAAGGGGACAAUCCCAUAAAUCACCAUAUUACGACAAGAUACUCCGCAAUCUGGAAUGGCGAGGAUGUCGAGGACGAGGAGGAUGUCGAGGACGAGGAGGAGGGCGAGAACGAGGAGGAGGGCGAAGACGACGAUCAAAACAUCCUGAUCAGGUCCAAAGCAAGCGCAGUACCGAACACCAGAUUGGUGCAAGCGAUCCUCGAAAGCGAGCCGAAUGGCUUACAUAUGGAGGUAUUGAAGCACAGGAUAAGAAGACGCGGCAAAGCUGUCUACGACCCAAGUUGGCGGACCAUGCGAAGUCCCGCGUACAACAAGUGUUUCCAGAUUGUAGAUGGCGUUCCGACUCUACCAAACCGCGCCGAGUACCCUGACCUGCCUGUAUUCAACAACACCGCUCUCCAUUUGCCGAGCACACCCAAGGAAUUAGCUCUCUUCGGCUACGGUUCUCCAUGA